AAGACUAAGUUCUGUCUGAGCUGCGAGGCUGGGAAGGAAGGCAGGGAGGCUGGCUGGCUGGCUGACUGACUGGCUGGAGAGUGUUAUUAGAAAGGAUCUUAAGCAGCGAUCUACUGUAUCUCUAUUUAUUAUUUGCGUGCAACAAAAAGAACUUUACAACAUGCCCUGCCCGCUGCUGUACUUGCUCAGCUCCUGGCUACUGUCAGUCUGUCGGGGUGAUAUGUAUGCUUCAGUCGUUAACAUUAAGGAAGGGAUUGCAGUGGAGAAAGUGCUUUUGCAACAUCUGCAAACUUACAUUGAGAAUGAGAGUUACAGGCUGGGCGACCUCAAACGAUUCUAUGAAAAGAUCAGGACCUUGCACAGCAGUGCCUACCUGGAGCCCACAAUAGCAAUCUCAAACCCUUUGUUGGCCUUCACCCUCAUAAAGAGGCUACAGCUCGAAUGGCGAAAUGUUGUAUACAGCGAAGAAGCCACUGAGAAUACCCAAGCGUUCAAGGACGAUUAUGAAAAAAUCGAGGAGAAACUUCCCAAAGCUGAAGACCUGGAAGGAGCCGCCAGAGGAUUGAUGAGGCUACAGGAUGUUUAUGACCUGAGUACAAAGGGAUUAGUCAAAGGGCAGUUUCUCCAGGCUACUAGAGACGGCGUUUCUACCGUCUACAGACCCAGUAUCUCCAUUACCCUGUCAGCAGACGACAGUUUUCAGAUUGGAAAGAUUGCCUAUGACAAAGGUGACUAUUAUCACUCGGUAAUUUGGCUGGAAGAGGCGGUCUCUCUUUUCCGAAAGAAGCUGAGGAUUUGGAACGUGGAAGAUGAAGGAAGUCUGGAGGAAGCUCUUGAUCAUAUAGCGUUUUCCCAUUAUAUGAUAGGAAAUACCCGUCAUGCACUGAGCUUCUCUGAGGAGCUCCUCCAGAUAGAUUCAAACAACAGAAGAGUUGCCAGGAAUGUACUCAAAUAUGAAAAGAUCCUGGCGGAAGCUUCGUACACUGAGCCCAACAAUCUGGAGCCUCGGAGACCAAAUGAAACACAUCUGCUAACCAGAAAGACCUAUGAAUCAUUAUGCCAGACACUGGGAUCGCAGCCCAAACAUUAUCAGAACUCAAACCUUUAUUGCUCCUACGAGACAAACCUCAGUCCACACCUGAUUCUCCAGCCGAUGAAAAGAGAGAUCUUAAGCCAGAAGCCGGACGUGAUUCUGUAUCACAAUUUCAUCAGUGAGGCUGAGGGUCAGAAGAUAAAGCAACUAGCUUCUCCCUGGUUGCAGAGAUCAGUUGUGGCCUCGGGGGAGAAUCAGGCUGCAGUGGAUUAUCGCAUCAGCAAAAGUGCCUGGCUGAAAGAGACAGUGGACCCACUGAUCGAGAAACUGGAUCAAAGGAUUACGCAUCUUACUGGUUUAAAUGUCCAUCAGCCUUAUGCAGAGUAUCUCCAGGUAGUGAACUAUGGGAUCGGAGGACACUACGAGCCCCACUUUGACCACGCCACUUCACCCAACAGCCCGCUCUAUAGGAUGAAGUCUGGUAACCGAGUGGCGACAUUCAUGAUAUAUUUGAGUGCGGUGGAAGCUGGAGGAUCGACUGCUUUCAUUUACGCUAACUUCAGUGUGCCUGUGGUCAAGAAUGCAGCUUUGUUUUGGUGGAACCUACACAGAAACGGACAAGGAAACAAAGACACACUACACGCUGGUUGUCCUGUGCUUGUGGGAGACAAAUGGGUGGCCAACAAGUGGAUCCGAGAACAUGGGCAGGAGUUCCAGAGGAGAUGUGGACCCGACCCUGAGGAGUAAGAUAAGACCACAAGACAAUCAGCCACUAGGAGUACGAGAGCCCAGCUUGUGCGUGGCGAAGGGGGUGGCAGCAUGUGUUUUUGAAGCAACGACUAGAAAGGACCUUCAAGGGAACUGGGUUGCCUGGACUGGAGUGAGGAAAAGUGACCUUUGCCCAAAGACAUUUCAGCCUUUCUCUUGGAUCUGAAGAGUGGAGCUGAGGGGCUGCUAAUUCAGGGCAGUAAAGCUCUCUUUUUAAGCAUGGAAAACGCACGCUGUCUGGAAGUAGGAAUGUGUUCCACACAUUCCUGUUCAUUUGCUGCUCCCGUCCACCCCUGACUGCAUUGGGAAAUCGCGCGAGCGGAAACUCUUGACUCGCGAUUAUCGUGGGGAAAAGAACCGAAAUGGAGCGAAAAGAAAGAAAUGAACCGCGUGUAACAGUUUGAACUUGCAUCCCCGCCCCAUUUUAUGGAUGUUUCCUAAAUUAAAAAGUACAGUGAUUCUUCUAA